AUGGCGGCGAAAAAGAUCUACACCGUAUGGUCCCGAGAUAGAGAGAGGAAAACUUUAAUUUUGAUCGAUGAAAAUGACGUGGAUAUGUACAAAACCUUAAUUUUAAAGGCAUCCCAAAAGCUACAAGUUGACGGUUCAUCGUUAGCUUUGGAAUCUAACGGCACGCCAAUCGAUUCAGAAGUUCUACCGUACCUUAACCAGAUGGAUAUAUUGAUGUUAUUGGAAAAGAGUGAGACCUGGAAAUCAACCGAUUUAUUUUCUGUAGCAACAGGAAGUACGGUAACAAUCGCACAAUCGGAUAUCUCAAACUUGCUAUUGCAACCAUUUCCUGAAGGCGCCAUCUUUGAGGAGAGAGAAGUUCACCCAACUCCAACUGAAAAACCUGACUCUACACCUAUCGACAAUAUCGAUUUGACCUGCAAAGUAGAUUGCAAUUCAGAAUUUUUAUGGACUAAUUUUGAAAUCCCCUUAGAGAGACUAAAUAGUGAACAACUUGAAAACCUUGGAAAUGGUGUGAGAAAUAAACUCGAUAUUAAGUUUUUAGUCCAACUAAUUGUAAAUGACAUGAGACUAAUUAAGAAGGUCAUUCCAAUGAAAGCCUUCAAGAUUGUGGCUAAAAAACUUAUAGAUCGAUAUCCAUUGAUUUUUAGGGAUGUAGAUGAAGAUGGUGUUGUACUUGGGGAUGGAAGCCAUUCCUUAGUGAGCAAAUUAGUAGAAAGGAACAACUACUUAAACAGGCCACACAAAAGAAAAAGCACCGAAGCACAAUCUUCUCCAAUCGUUUCAAAAAAACGGGUUUUAAGCGCUAGAGCAGGCUGUGUAAAUUGGUCACCUGAGAUCGGCCACCAUGACAGUGAAAGCAUAAGCAAGUUAACUGAGAAUGCCGGAACUUCUGAUGAGCAAUUUGUGCAAUUAUUAGAAAAAACUUAUCCUCAAAUAAGAAAAGUGUUAAAUGAAGAAGAGCCACCCUUCUCUAAGCUAAUGGAAGAGUGGCCAUUGCUGUUCUCAAAAAAGGCAAUAUUUUGGCACUUCAACAAGCUAACGAACUCUGACAUCCAUUUAAUGGACCUCAUCACCAGCAAAUGCAAUAAAAUCACAUCAUUUUUAAAAACCAAGUUGAAAAAUGAUUUCGACGACACUAAUCUCGUAGAAAUUCGUACUAUCACAAAUAUUACGAAAUAUUUUAAAGAAGAUUUACAGAACCUUUUUUUAAAAUGCAAGGACUUACCUGAAAUUACCUUAGAGAGUAUUCCCCUAUCGCCAUAUAUAAUUCAGACUGGGGAAGAAGAAAACAUGCUUUACUUCGUGUACCUAGAGAGAGAGUUGGUGCAUCACGAUGGGUAUACCACAUUCAUAGAAGCUCUUAAAGUGUCAUUCUCCUUAUUUUUCAUUUUAAAUUUGAAGUAUCCUCGCAAUCUAUGCGCUACCAUGGAGUUGUUGCAGAGGAUGAUUCUGAAAAUACAUCCCGACGCUGGGUCAAAAUCUAAAAAAGUGUGUGCAACGCGAAAAAAAGUGUUCAAUUUUAUGAACAGUAUUAAAGAAGGUUAAUAUUAAUAGAAAUGUCUUCUUUUUAGUUUUAAGGAUUUUAUUA